AUGGAUCAACACAAAUAUCGCACAACAGGAGUGCAGGAGAAGCUGGAGAUCGUUGGGGUGGAGGACGAGGCCGGGAACCCCAUCAGCGCCCUGACCAUCCUGUCUCUGCUGGAGCGUGUGGCCAGCAUUAUCGAUAAUGUCCAGUCCUGCCAGCAGCGCAUGGAGGACCGUCAGCAGGAACUGGAGAACAACAUCAAGACCAUCCAGGGGGACGUGCUCAAACUGGCCAAAGACCACACCGACACCAGCGGCACGGUGGAGAAGCUCCUGCAGAAGACCCGCAAGGUCAGCGCCAACGUGAAGGAGGUGCGGUCGCGCGUGGAGAAGCAAAAUGUUCGCGUCAAGAAGGUUGAAUCGACGCAGGAUGAGCUGCUGACCCGCAACAAGUUCAGAGUGGUCAUCUAUCAGGUGAGUGAAAAAGAGUCAUGAUUGGUUUUAACCCUGAAGUUAUAAAGGACACGCUAAACCAGAGUGACCAAUGCUGAGGCGAAUACAGGAUUAUUUCAUUCUCAAAAUCUGUCAAUCUCUCAUUUAGUGUCUUAAACUUCUUUGUCAAUAGUUCUAGAAAGAGAAACACCAGUUACCUCAGCUUUGUUGAGUUGUUUGAUGCAUGGCAACAGUGGAGGAGGCUUCCAGAGUGCAAGUUGGGGGGUGUCUCAAAGUCAAGACAGAAACUUCAAAGAGAGAUUCCGACUCCAGCCUGAGAUACUUUGAGUUUUUCUGAGCUGUAAAUCGUGAAAUACUUCUUCAGAGCUGUAAGUAGGACGUUAAAAAGACUUGAAGUGAUCAGAAUGACCGUCCCUCAUUUACAAAACUUGGUAACUAAAAACACAAUUCAACAUUUCACAGUGUAAAGAUGACAGAUUACACAUGAAAAUGUUGUAAAGAUAGGAUACUCAUGUUUGCUCACUUGACAUCUAUCAGUGAAGUGUUGUAGAAAUAUACGCUCAGAUUCCCCGGACAUCCUGAGAUUUUUUUUUCAAGAACUUUUCACUCGUUUCGUUUUCAGCAUGGAUCUGAAAAUUCAUCCAUUUCUGCGUCCUCUCAGUCUGUUUGUUGUCAUUAAAUCAGAGUAAAACAUGUUGAUUAUCAGUUCACAGAGCUGAAUUUAGACCAAAUCAAGUCCACUUUACUGUGGCGUAACAGUUACAGUGAAACUGAGACUCAGUGAAGACAGAUAGACGAGAUGCUGGGUGUCCAGACAACUAUACAAGUAAUAAAAACUGUAACAAGAGUCAACACAAGACAAGAUUCAGACAAGAUAGCAGGUAGGAAGAUAUGAAGAGGUGGAAGAUCUCUAAUCUUGAGAACAGAACUGGACUGAAUCAUCUGGAUCCUGAGAAAAUAGUAGACCAAAAUAGAGUAGAAUAUAAUAGAAUAGGAUAUAAUAGAAUAGAAUAACUCAUAUACUUACAGUAGAAUACAAAAGAAAAGAACGUAAUAGAAUAGAAUAGAAUAACUUAUGUCCUAAGAAUAUAAUAGAAUAUAAUAGAAUAGGACAGAAUAGAAUAGAAUAACUCAAACUUUUAUCAUUGAAAAGAAGGGAUAGAAAAGACUAAAACAGAAAAAUAAAUCUCAAAUUUAUGGAAUAGAAUAAAAUAACUCAUAUACUUAUAGUAGAAUGCAAUGGAAUAGAACAUAUUAGAAUAGAAUAACUCAUAUACUUAAACUGGACUAGGCUAGAACAUAAUAGGACAGAUUAGAAUGAAAUAACUCGUAUCCUUAGAAUAGCAUGUAAUGCAAUGUAAUAGAAUAAAAUUGAAAUAAUAGAAUAACUCAUAUACUGAGAAUUGAAUAGAAUUAAAUAAAAUAGAAUGCACCAAAAUAUAAUAUUUUGUACCACAUUUCACCGCACAGCCACCACAACACUACAAGACAGUUAUGCACACAGUCCUGCCCAGGUGUGUGUGAAUCAGUGAAGGAUCAAGGAUAAAGAGGAUGAAUUCCCUCUGGUGGUGAAGAAGUCUGUGCAGCAAGAUCUCCUUUCAAAUCAACUCUGACUCAAUUCAUUAAAGAAGGGAGGCAGUGAGAGGGGAGACGGGGAUGAGAGGAAAUAAACGCUGAUUUAAGUUCAACGCUUAAGAGCCCUCGACUGCAACUCUGGCAAUUUAUAGAAAAGCAUCCUGGAGGGGAGCGUUAAUCAGGUCAGGUGAACGAGAGAAAACAAGAUGAUUCACUUGAGAGUUUUGGUUGUGAUUUGUCACGCUGCUCUGAGAGCUCUGGAGCCUGAGCCUGAAAGAAACUAAGAAACAAACAUUCAGUUUAGUCAUCUCUUGACACAAAGUGCUUAAAAAUAAACCAGACGCUCUUGUCUCCAAAUAGACGACUGUUUCAUCCUUUCGAAGUGCGGAGAGAGUUAGAAAACAUGUGAGAAAGAUGGACAGAUUUGAAACAAAAGAUGGCAGAGAUGUGGGGGUUUCAGUCUUUCUCUCUCGACGCUGCUGCAGGCGGAAGAAGAAGAAGAAGAAGAAGAAGAAGAAGGGCAGAUUAAAUAAUGACGAUAAUUAAACUCUAUUUAUUUUGCUCACACAAAGCUUCGCUACAAGAUGGGUCCUGUUUUUAGGUCUGUGUAGAUUUUGCAUCUCUUCCUAUGAAUGCAUGAGCUUCCUUCAUAGACAAAACUAGUGGGGUGGCAUGGACCGCGUUGAAACCUAAUUGGCCACCCCUUGUACCACCCCUAACUCCUCAAUUAUGUUAUUUGUGGUGGUAAAUGUUCAUGUAGUAAAGCAGGACCAUUGGUUUUGAUUUCCAUUUGCCUCAUGGGUUGGAACAUGAGCAGGAGUCAUGUGACAGUUUGAUAGUGGUCUUCGACUACCAGGCAGCACCUGCUGUUAGCGAAUUAGUUAUACCAUCGCGACACGCCAGAGGAAACCAACGGGAACAUGUGGUUGGCCUCCACCCACCUUUUUUCAAUCCAACCAACACUCUGUAAAGAUGGGCUGUCACACUGAAAUGCUACUCAUCUCACACAUGCUUGAUCCGGUGCCCCAGCCGGGCCAUCCCAGUUGAAAAGUCUGGACAAGCUCCAGGACGCUGGUGUCAUGAAGCCAAACCAUGGUGGCCGCCAUAUUGGAAAUGCUAACUCGACUAACAAGGCCACAGCCACACCCUUGAUUUCUGAUAAUGUAACCAACAUUGGGCUCAUUCACGCUACCCGAUCCGUCCCAGAAACCCGAUUUCUACUGCGCAUGUGCGAAACAUACGUCACUUCCUCUCUUGGAAUUUCAAUGUGUUUUCCGGCAGUGAGUCGUACCUCCUUACCCAAUCCGUACUGCGCAAGUGCAAAUUUACUUCACCUUAAAACUUGAUUUAAACUACCGAUCGAUUCAGAAACAAGCUGGCGAUGUGACAGGCUAGCUGGCAGGAGGCUCUAGAGCUCUUGCCAAGGCUCUGCUUCCGUUCCGUUCCGUUCAAGAGAAAAGAAAAACGUGUGGCUGGUGAUGAACUGAAGCUGUCGGACAAGUGUCAAAGCUGUUGCAAACUGCGAGGGGCAAAGAAUUGCUGAGCUGUCGCAAAGAUGGCUAGUAGAGGAAGUGACAUACAGUUUGCACGCUCAUAACUCACUUUUGGAGCCAGCCCAAGUGGCCACUUGAGGAAUUGCAGUUUUUUUUUUCCCUGUCUAAUUUGGCCUCACUUUCCGAAACCCCCGUUCAGCUCGGACAAGCAUCUCUGCAUAUAUUCAGUCAGUGUCCUGAGAGGGGAUGCAGUCCUGGUUGACGUCCAGCGUUCAGGAUAGACGGCGGGGUGCGAUGGGCUGCUAACAGCUGCUGUGGAUCCAUGACAGAGACGUCUAUUCUGGGACCGCAGCAUUCUGCUUUAGUGCUGGAGAGACACGCUAGAAACUGCUGCCAGAUGGCGUUAGCCUUUAACGUGGCAGCUUAUCACAGGGGUCAAUAUGCAGAGAGAGACAGAGAGGUGUCGGUUAUCCUUACCUGCUGCGUGGACCGUCUUCCUGUCAGUGCAUCCCUAACUUUGUACAGUGCAUUCUAACAUCAUGUCAAUUUGGAUUUAAGGUUCUUAUUUCUGAUAGGACGUCAAAGAUGCUUUUGUCGGUUUGUGAUAUUGUAAGACUUGGAGCUGAACGCACCAGCUUGGCAUUAACCGAGUCGGGCUAAUCUCUUACAUUAGACUUGGCUAAGACCGACUCUUUGACUCGACAUGCACCGAGUGCACCAAGCCAGUUACUCGAGGUCAACAUCCAACUUUUGGUUUUAUGUCAGUCUCAGCACCGCCUGUGGGCAAGGAAGUCUUAGAAUGCUUGAGUACUGAUUUAUGCCGCUGACUUUUGCACAGAAAUUGUAAAAUCAGGACCGUGUCUUCAGCUGAUAUCAAAUAUCAGUUAAAAAAUGUGUUUCAAUUUAAGGUUAUAGUUUUAGAGAUUACUUUAAAAUGUCAUUAAUCUGCACCCAAGCUUAGCGUCACCCAGGACCAAACUUCUAUCCUUUCUCCUCUCCGAUCUAAAUACCUGCAGAAGGUUUGGAAAAAUGGAGGGAAAGUCAAAGAGCAACAUAAAUAAUCGAGAGCUUUAAAAGGAAAUCUUUACUUAGAGGUCUGAGACCGCCUCCCUCUAACAGGUCUAAACAUCCUGAGCUGACAGCCUCAAAACCUCGGAGCGAUCUGCACCUGUAGGGCGAGGACAGUUUCCACCUUUCUCUUUGUGUUUCACUGAGUCCAGUUUUAGCUCAUUCUUGUCCGGGCCGGAUCAGACUUUCUCUCAGACAGUCUCAGUGUUGAGUUUCUUCAUGACUGAUGUGCUGUCGGUUAUUCUGAGGCCUCCGUUCAUCUCCUAAUAUAGAGCUUCAGCUGCGCUCAUUUAACCAGGAAGCAACAGGAGCUUUGUCAGAGACGGUGGUGGCCGCCGGCUGAAUAAUGAAGGCCGGGACAGUAAUAAGAAAAAGAUAAAUGUCUGCUGGUUUACACCCAGGGCCGCUCUGCCUCGGCUGUUUUUCACAACACUGGACAUCAGAGGACGGGACGUCAUUUAGGAGGAGUUAAUGACUCUUACUUUGUGAUAUUUCUGCUGCGCCACAAUGAGAAGAGCUGAGCAAUGACAAGUUUACGAGUCGAGGCGCAAACACAAUUAAACCCAGAGGUCACUCAGCUGAUGGAGAGCGCCGGUAUAACAGGGAGAUUUGCAAAAUUACUGCUUGAAUAUUUGUUAAAAAGAGAGCUAACCGUGGGCGACAAGGGAAAUCAAGCUUCAAUGCUGCGUACUUGGGGGUGGAUGCAAAUCAAGAGACAGCUGCAGACGACAGAAAAACAUGCUUUGAAAGCGCCAAACACACCUCCUUCACUUCCUCCUUUGUUAUCCAGUUUUCAGACCGAGGUAUGAUGGUGGUGGAGCGGCUUUGUUUCGGAUUUAAGCUGUUGCAUUAGCAGCCUAUCUCACAUCUGGGCUGUUUUGGGCCAAACUAACCAAAUGAGCAACACUACAGGAAUGAUUCUUAAAGCAGACGCCCUUUCCCUUCAUUCUUAAAUAACGCUUUUAUUUUGAAAUUUUGUCCAUGGCAGAUAUUUGGCGAUUAAAGACACGGUUGAUGAUUGGUGAAGCAGCAGUUGAAAAAGACUGAACCGUUGAGGCAGAUUUGAAAAAAGCGUCCCACCCCCACACACAAACCUUUCCCCUCUAUGCUCCACGAUAACUCCCCCCCCAAAUCUGUGUCACCCUCCCCACGACACACCCCCUCUGGCAGAGCAAGAAGCCGGCAUUGCAGAGACUAAAAAGAGUUAUUUAUGUAACAUGUGCUGCGAUAAAAGGUGAUAAAAAUAACCUGUUCAACAAAAACUCAGCGUCUGUUUUUACACGCAAAUCCUGGCGGAGCUUUCUCCACUGCUCUGAGGUUUAUUCAAGUUAGAUUCCUCGCUUGAUCACAUUUCCACUUCGCCUUUCUUCUGUCGGCUUGCGUAUUCUUCCCACUUUUGGCGUUGGGACGAGCAGAAGUGGUUUUUUGUGUCCUUCUCCAUCACAGCUCCUGUAGCUAAGCUGCUACGCUACUUUUAGCCGCUCAGAGCUCCGAGAAGGGCCGGGAGAAUGGGAGGGGACGAGUCUGAACUACUAGAGAGGGGUGUGUCAAAUACAGCAAGGUGAUUUGAUGGAGAGGAGGAGCAGGAGAUUGACCAAUAGGAGCUGUCCGGGACGGAUGGCUCCCAUUGGUCAAUGUUUUUGCAGCCCUGCACCUGCUAGAGUGAACGUUUUUUUUCCAUUCUUUUUUUUCUUAACUUGGUGGAGAUCGCACUAUAGGACCAUGAUCGCCAUAGGAACAAGGUUCAUAAUAAUUACCAAUCUCUCCAAUCGUCAACCAUGCCUUUAAUGUCACUUGCAAAGCUCUUUAUUUCGGCCUUUAGUGAACUUCCUUGACCCUUUAAACCAUCACUGUUUUAAUACCGAAGAGCCUCUCAAGUGAACAAUGAUUAGCACGUAUUCUUCAUUUAAGUGUAUAAUUAUAAUUCACAGUUCAUCCUAACCCAGUCCUUUUAAAGAGGAUCCUAAUCUUGUUCAGAAAUUAAUAAUAGAUUUGAAUAAAAGACAGUUAAUGACCUUAAUUUAGGUAAACUAAUAAAAAAACUGGGCUGACGGCACCAUCUCACACGGUCCUCCACCAGCAGAGGAUAUCCGCACACACCUCUACCACACCCCCCACCUGGUGUAAUUAUUGUGUCAUUCACAGUGUCUGAACAUGCACUGAUGACUCCACUCUGAUUAAUGAGUGGGAUCUGCGCGGGAGGUCGCAGUUUAAUUAGAAUUAAUUGGCUUUCAUGACCAAAGUCAGCUGUAGGGCGCAGCAGGUGGAGCAGGCCUGUGAGGAGCUGGUCACAGAUGGUCGCGAGUCUCUGCGAGUGGAAAUUUCAAGUCUUCAAGGGCGGUGGCAGGUCCGAGUUUAGCCUCUAUUUGGGUCUUAUAAAUAAAAAUGAGAUAAUCAGUUUGUGAUCACGGCUAAGCUAGACGUGGAGAUGCUGUUAGUCCAUCAUAGGACUCAAGUCGCCCAAUGCUGAAGUCGGACUACAUGAUCUUUGCGUCUAGUAUGUGAGUCUAAUUUGGUGAUCAUGAAGCCAAAAACCCAACCAAACCCUGUGUCAUCCUGUGUGAAACUCAUGAGUUAGUGUUAUGUCAUGAUGAAACCUGCAGACAAUCCCACUUCUAACCCAAAUUCCCAACCUACGAAGUCCCCACACCCACUUACGAUCUAAAUCUGGGACCAAGAUAGGGCUUUGGUGCACUUUGGUCCCCACUAAAGUCCCAGAAGCCAUGUUUACAUCCACAGAAAUUCUUGAUCCGAUUAAAAAUUUGAGGGAUUGGAAAAUCUGAAUCCAAAUAUUCCGAUCAUGACAUUCGUAUACAUCGACCGAGCUUUAUUCAGAUUAGAUUUAGACUAGCGCAGUUGUCUAAUUUCGCUGAAACGACCACAGAAGAAGAGUUGUAUCGGCGCCUGUUUUGUCAGAGAGUUAAAAAUGAAACCUUCUGUACUGGCCUCUAUAAAAAAGCCGAAAGCUAAAGAGUGAAGACGGAGUCAGAUGCGAAAGUUGUGAUCGGAAUGAGUGUUUACACGGACGCAUUUAGGAAUAACGAUCGGUAUAAACCGCCCCUCUUGAUCAGAACACAAUUUCUUUCCAGUUAAGCCAAAUUGGAUCAGAAUCUUCCGAUCGACAUGUUUACAUGAUGCAUUUUUAUUACGUUUGGGGCUUUAUUCCGAUUAUUUGUGCCCAUGAAAACGCAGCUAGUGUAACCCUGUUUGAAACCCAUAUUGGCAGUUGACCAUUAUGACCCAUUUUACAAACCCGUGUGAGACCCAAUUUGCAGCCCGUUGAGCGUGGCCCCACAUACAAAUGUUCAAAUGUUGGCCGUGCUGUGAACAGACCAACAGGUAUGACAGAUAACAAGGUGAUACCAACCAAUCAUCUCGACUCCUGCGGUGAGGUUGGAUGAAAGACGACACCUGGAUAGAGGAGAGUCGGGAAUGAGCUUUUUCACAAUUUCUGCAAUAUAUUUUUAAUAUAUUAAAGUGUGGGAUGAAAGGUCACAGAGUCUCUAGAGUUUGAACAAUGAACCCAGAGGUGAAUGUGAACGUCUGGACUAGAUUUAAUAACACUGAGUCUGACAGUUGUGGAGAUAUUUCAGUCUGGACUGAGGCAGUGGACUGACAGUCUACCUCCACCACAUAAAUCAGAUGGUGUCAUUAUUAUUAGCGUCCAUCUUGAGUUACUGGUGUUGUUCCUUCCAGCGGCUUCCUGUCUCGUUGAGUCUCAGUUACUCCUUAUCUGUAAAAAUAGGCAAACUUGAUCUCAUGAAGUCGCCCGUUUGCUCCAGACAAGAGGCUGGUAAAAAUCUCUCUGAGGAAUAUCAUAUUUUCUAUAUCUAAACCUGCAUCAAUGAGCAACAUAACAGUUUAUACCUAAUGGAUAGAGAGGACAGAUGAGAGGACGGGUAUCGGUUUCUUCUCAGAGUGUCACGUUCAUUGACUGAGUAUGGAGGUGGGCGACACAUCUUGUCUUCUCAUUGCAGGAAAGUGACGCCAAAACCAGUCAGAAAAACAAAAUCCUGAACACAAAUUAGCAUGAUAGGAACCAACGAUGAUGUGACGGAAACAUUUAUUCCAUGUGUGUUUUGAUUUUGUCUGUUGACAUGGAGGAAGCUGGCUUUAUGUCCCAUACUGCCAGUCAAUAGGGGGAGGCUUGAGAUGGGGGGUGGGUCCCAUACAGUGAGGGUGUCCAAUCAGCAGGAAAAGUCAGGAAACUACAGGCUGAGAUUGUAAAGUCCAUAUUGACGAUGUAAAGCAAUCAUUACUGGUGAUUGAUUGGCAUUGGUUUGUUGCAUUUCCCAUCUCAUAAAUAGAGACAUGAUAAGCUCCAAAACGCAAUAUUUGAAACAAUCUUUUAGCUGCAAUAAAGUCAGAUCAGUCAAAGAAAACGAUAAUCUAUGCAAAAUUCGGUCUGAAAGGCAGUGGACCUUGUUCAAGCUCCUUUGGAUGGAGUUUGUCUCCAAGGAUUUCAACCAGGUCCAGAUGCCUUUUGAAUAACCAUGAUCUUGAUAACUGACAUCCAGACACCACUGUGGGUCUACUUCAUGACACAGAUGCACUGAUUUCACCAGGACAUGUCAAUGUCUUGAGGUGUUUUGAUGGUUUUACUUCCAGGCUGCUUCUUGGCUGAAUCCCGUGACGUAUCGGUUCUCCUGACGUCUGUUUUCUUCUCUCUAGGGUGAGACAGAGGUCCCAUCGGUUGCUGUCACCAAGUCUCCCAAAGGAACCGGCCUGGAUGGGCUUGAAAUCGAGCCUGACUCCUACGACAUCCCCGCUGACCUCUCCUCCGAUGAGGAGUACCUGAGCGUGGAGGAGGCUGACCCAUCCCGGGCUGCACGCCUCAAGAAAUCAGUCGCGAAGGGCACAGAGAGUCUGAAGGCCGCCUUCUCCAAAGAGAACAUGAGCAAAACCAAAGACAACCUGGGCACCAAGUUCCACAACUUUGGAGAGAAGGUGAUGCCACCAGAGCGCAGGGAUAAGAUGCACCAAGCCGGCGAGCGUCUGAAGCAGUCAGGCGAGCGUCUGAAGGAGAACAUCGCCAAGAAAGCUCCAAGCAAAGAAGCUUUCCGCAUCAAGCUGAAGAAGGAGAGAGCGGUGGCAGAAGGCGAGGAGGGCGCCGAAGCUGAGGCCCCGGCUGCAGAGCCAGCAGCAGGGGUCACCUACACCGAGGUCGCAAUGGAAUCCAAGAGGGAGGGGCCUGUGGAGGAGGCCGGCGCCACCCGGAUAGGAGAGUAG